UUGGUGCAUGCGCAGAAAACGUUUCACCAACGUUUGCCUUAUUUUUGAUUUCACGAGUUGUAUUUGCACGUGUAAAUGGUAUAUACAGACAAAAAGACCCAUCUGUGGAAACAUCAACAUGCCAGAAUUAAAGAAUAAAGAGAAUUUGAUGUUUGAAGAAGAUGAUCUUCCAUAUGAAGAAGAAAUCCUCCGUAAUCCAUAUUCGGUGAAGUGUUGGCAGCGUUACAUUGAGCACAAAGCCGAAGGGUCAUCAGCCCCUCUCAACCUGAUUUAUGAACGUGCUCUGAAGGAGCUACCAGGAAGUUACAAGUUAUGGUACAACUAUUUGAAAGUUCGUCGCAAGCAGAUCAGGGGACGGUGUAUAACUGACCCUGCCUAUGAGGAUGUCAACAAUGCAUUUGAGAGAGGGUUGGUGUUCAUGCACAAGAUGCCUCGUAUUUGGUUGGAUUAUUGCCAGUUCCUGAUGGACCAAUCCAAGAUCAUUAGGACUAGGCGUACGUUUGACAGAGCAUUAAGGGCGCUGCCUAUUACACAACAUAAACGUAUCUGGCCAUUAUACCUGAAAUUCAUAUGUAUGCACCCUUUGUAUGAGACAGCUGUAAGGGUAUACAGGCGUUAUCUACAGUUGUCUCCGGAGGAUGCUGAGAAAUACAUUGAUUACCUAAUAUCAAUAGAUCGUCUGGAUGAAGCUGCAGUUCGACUAGCGGGCGUGGUUAAUGAUGACAAGUUUGUUUCCAAGAAGGGAAAGUCUACCCAUCAGCUGUGGCAUGAUCUUUGUGACCUCAUAUGCAAAAAUCCUACAAAGGUCAAGUCCCUGAAGGUUGACCCCAUCAUCCGUCAGGGGAUCAAGCGUUUCACCGAUGAACGAGGUCAGCUCUGGUGCUCCCUUGCAGAUUACUACAUCAGGAGUGGACACUUUGAGAAAGCACGCGAUAUAUAUGAAGAAGCCAUUCAGACUGUUACCACUGUAAGAGACUUCACUCAGGUGUUUGAUGCAUAUGCACAAUUUGAGGAAGGCAUGAUCAGUGCCAGAAUGGAGACUACCAGUGAUUUGGGACCAACAGAAGAAGAUGACAUUGACCUCGACUUACGCCUUGAGCGCUAUGAGUACUUGAUGGAACGGCGUCCUCUGUUGUUGAAUAGUGUCUUGUUACGGCAAAAUCCACAUAAUGUGCACGAGUGGCAUAAACGAGUUAAAUUAUACGAAGGAAAACCAAGAGAUGUCAUCAAUACAUUCACGGAGGCGGUGCAAACAGUGCAGCCUAACCUAGCCACUGGUAAACUUCAUACUUUAUGGGUUGAAUUUGCUAAAUUCUAUGAAAGCCAUGAUCAGUUAGCAGAAGCUAGAGUUAUUUUUGAGAAAGGAACGAAAGUGGAAUAUGUGAAAGUAGAGGACCUUGCAAGUAUCUGGUGUGAGAGAGCAGAGAUGGAAAUAAGGCAUGAGAACUACAAGGAGGCCUUGAAGUUGAUGCAACGGGCAACAGCUCUCCCAGGAAGAAAGGCAGCAUAUUAUGAUAAGAGUGAACCAGUGCAGAACCGUUUGUACAAGAGCUUAAAGGUUUGGUCCAUGUAUGCAGAUCUGGAGGAAUCAUUUGGAACCUUUAAGUCUACCAAAUCUGUGUAUGACCGAAUCAUUGACCUGAGAAUAGCGACUCCACAAAUAAUCAUCAACUACGGAAUGUUCCUGGAGGAAAACAACUAUUUUGAAGAUGCUUUCAAAGGGUACGAGAAGGGCAUUGCACUAUUCAAGUGGCCUAACGUUUAUGACAUAUGGAACACCUACUUAACAAAAUUCAUCAAAAGAUACGAGGGAAAGAAGCUGGAAAGAGCUAGAGAUUUGUUUGAGCAGUGCCUUGAAGAUUGUCCAGCCAAAUUUGCUAAAGCAUUGUAUUUACUCUACGCCAAAUUGGAGGAGAAUUAUGGGUUAGCUAGGCAUGCAAUGGCAGUCUAUGAGCGAGCAACCAAGGCAGUUUUACCAACUGAGCAAUAUGAGAUGUUCAAUAUAUACAUCAGGAGAGCUGCAGAGAUUUAUGGUGUAACACACACUAGGACCAUUUACGAGACAGCAAUUGAAGUUCUUGGGGAUGAUCAGGCACGGGAUAUGUGCGUACGUUAUGCAGAUUUGGAGCGCAAACUCGGAGAGAUUGAUCGAGCUCGUGCAGUGUAUGCUCACUGUUCACAAAUGUGUGAUCCGAGGACUACCGCCUCGUUUUGGCAAACCUGGAAAGAGUUUGAGAUCAAACAUGGAAAUGAGGACACCGUGAGGGAAAUGUUGCGAAUUAAGCGCAGCGUACAAGCCACCUACAAUACUCAGGUCAACUUCAUGUCAGCACAGAUGCUGUCUGCUUCCAGCCAACCAACACCUGGUACAGUCUCUGACCUGGGAUCAGGUGGUCUGGAUGAUAUGAAGAUUCUGGAGCAGAGAGCUCAAGCACUGGCUGCCGAAGCAGAGGCAGACAAACCAAAAACCAAAAAGGAUAUAUUGUUUGUCAGGGGCGACACUAAGGCCACCAAUGAAGAGUUGGAGGCCGCAGCAAGAACAACCAACCCUGAAGAGAUCGCAAUUGACAGCGAUGAUGAUGAUGAAAGGGAAGCUGAUGUCGAUGAGGUCAACAUCGAGGAGCAGUCAGUUCCAUCUGAAGUUUUUGGUGGAAUUAAAAACAAUGAUUAAGAGAUAAAAGUUACAGCAGAAUUUAGAACAAUGAUUAAGAGAUAAAAGUUACAGCAGAAUUUAGCUGAUGCACAGCGAAAAUUACUUUAAUAUACAAAAUAAUUUACAUAACUUUCACCUUCCAUCAAAUUUAGGACAAAUAGACACACUGAAAUGAUGAAUAAAUUAUGAAGAGCGCUCUAAAAUUGCUAUUUGAUUGUUUAAAACUUCUAUGAAAGCAGGAAGAAUAAAAUAUAUUAUUAAAUAA